GCUUCACCUCACUUUGGACUUAUUUCUCUAUUUCUUCGCCACCGCACUGCAUGCGCUGAGCGCUAUCGCCCCCAUCCGACUUGACCGUGCGCCUCCUCCGGACUGAACAGCAUUUACAGCCUCACUGCAACCAUGGCCGAGGAGCCCGAGUUCCGCUCUAAGGGCAUCCCUCCCCAAGCUGACGGCAUGUCCGCCGCGAAGCCAGUUUUCCCCAAAACCGCGGAAGAGUUCGAAAAUGACCCGCGCGUGGCUCGCGACCACAUGACCGCCAAGUGGGUCUUGAAGGAGAACAACGGCUCCGAGUGGGAGUAUGAUGAGCGCCUGUCUCGCUGGGUCCCAUCGUUGGCCGAGGAGCUUCUGGAGAAGCAGAGACAAGUCUACAUGGCCGAGUCCGACAGGACCACUCCUGAUGCGCAGAAGAAAAGGAAGCAGGAUGAUGACGAUAGUGGGGAGAACAACAACGACGUCCAGCAGAAAAAAGCCCGCAAGGCCAAGCCUGAGAAGCCCGUCAAAGAGAGAAAGAACCGUGCUGUCUGGGUGUCGUCACUCCCUCUCGAUGCGACCAAGGAGGAGCUUAAUGCCGUGUUUUCCAAGUACGGCAUUAUCGAUACUGCUAUUAACGACGAGGACGACCAUCGCAUCAAGAUGUACACGGAUGAUAAGGGCCAAUUCAAUGGACAGGCCUUGAUCGUCUACUUCCGCGACGAGUCCGUUCAACUUGCUUGCGACAUGCUCGACGAUUCUCCUUUCGACGGUUAUAGGAAGGGCCCUGAGGGUAACAUGAGAGUCGCACCUGCAGAUCAGAGCUACAAGAGGCACGAAGAUGUCAAGGAGGAUGAGACCCAGGCCAAAGCUCCCCGCGUUAGCAAGAAAUUGAUGCAAAAGAAGGUCGACAAGCUCAACAGCAAGCUGGCAGAUUGGGACGACGAUGAGGAUACUUCUACCAUGACACAGACCGGCACGCGCCACGACAAGAUCGUGGUCUUGAAGCACAUGUUCACUCUUCAGGAGCUGGAGGAAGAUGAGAAUGCUCUCGAAGAAAUCACCGAAGACAUCCGUGAAGAAUGCUCCAAAGUGGGUACGGUGGUGAACGUUGUCGUGUUCGACUUGGAGCCGGUAGGCGCGGCAAUUGCCAGGUUCGAGACGGCCGAGGCGGCCAGAGCAGCUGCUCGUAUGAUGAAUGGUCGCUCCUUCGAUGGACGCACGGUCAAGGCGUACAUCUCUGACGGCUCGGAGCGGUUCAAGAGGUCCAAGCUUGAAAACGAAGAGAGCAACGUGGAGUCUAUGGCCGACUACCUCAACCGUGCAGAGCCCAAGCCCGCGUCCGAGAACACCACCUUUUAAAGGUUGCUUUCCGAAGCAAAAAAGAAAAGCUCGGCAUCCUGGAUUUCCGCUACCUACGGGCGGCACGCUUGCUUAGCACAAUGUACAUGAGCCAGACAUACCCGUAGUUGUUCAUUGGCAUAAGCGAGAAUAGAAUCAUGACUUGCGUCUAAAAGUAGUAUCUACAUACAGAAAAGGGUAUCAUAAAACGAGUGUCACCCCACCAAGCACCAAGCCCCUGUGAGCAAAUAGCCCCAAUAUAAUCUAAGCAGCCAACAAAAACCCAUGUCGACAAGGAAAAAACAAACAAUAAUAAGACAUGAUGCUGCGCCACAAAAAGCCGCGACAAAAAUGCAAAUUUUUUUAUCCUUCCUUCCCCCUCCCUCUCUUCCGGCCGGAUUCAGCCAGCCACACACCACUCACUUACUUGGGGCUGA